CGUCAUGGCGGCGCUCGGUGGCGGCUGGUUCUUGGCUCUGGCCUUCGGGGUCACGUUGCUCAAAUUGCUCCUCAUGCCCACGUAGUGAUCUCAAAGCGGCUUCCAUAGCAAGAAGAAAACAAUAAAAAUUUCAACAGUAUCAAUAAAUGACACCACAAAAUAAGUUCAAAUCUCAAAUCAAUCUAGUCUGCAAAAGCUAGAGAAAACAUAUAUAUAUAGAGAAACACAAACAUACAGUAGGGCGCCAUCAUUGUAUGACCAAAACAUCUGGAGGGCACUGCAUUGGCUACCACUGCCUUACUGUAACUAAGCCAAAGUACGUGUCAGUGAAAUAAGUGCAUGUUCUUUUCAUGCCUUCACACACCCCCAUUCUUCAUGUCUAUUUUAGAUUGUAAUUCCCUUGGGUUAGCGACCUGUCAUACCUCUUGUAAAGAGCUGAGCGCAUAGAUGGUGCUAUAUAAGUAAUAGUUCUUGAUAAGUUGCAACUGCCAGAUAUACCAGCUGUUGCCUCCUGCCUACCACAAAAAUAUUUUAGUCUCUGGUCCAUUAGGAGAAGGGUAUAAGGGAGCAGAUAUAUAGAUACAGAUAUUCUAAUUCUCUGCAAGAGAUCCCUUCAAAUUAUCUCUUCAAGAAACCCUACCCUAACUAGCGAUUGAGUCAAACCAAGAGGUGCAGUAGUGCCAAGUUAAUGAGGUCAUGAGUGAUUGCAUGCAGAUCUCAUUGAGGGGUGUUAGACUUCUGGGUUUCCAGGUGAUAGAAUGUAAAGCUCUUCACUGCAUCAAUUCCAAUCAGUGUCUGUUAGGUUUAAUAACGCAGGAGAAGUGAGCUCUGUCAAAGUACUAAAAAAAAAAUGUGGCUGUAUCUGAGAAAAUGAGUAUGUCAUGCUGGUGUCAGCGAUGGCUAUUGCAAGAUGUGGUCAGGCGAAAAACUGACUUGCGUGGGAUGUAUUUUGGUAGGGAAUGCAAUUGUGAUGCGAUUGCCUGCUUUAACCCAAUUGCAAAUUAAGAACACAAAAGCUCUGCUGGAUCAGAACAAAGGCUCCUCUAGUUUAGCUUCCUGUUCUCACAGUGGCCAAAUAGAUGCAUAUGGAAGCCCACAAGGAGGACCUGAGCACCACAGCACUCUCUCCACUUGUCACUCCCAGCAACUGAUAUUCAGAGCAUGCUGCCUCCACUCUUGAGUCAUUCCACAGAUUUUGAAGUACACAGGAACUGGCUUGCCAUCACCCACAGCUUACCAGUCUCUCAGUGGUAUUAUGAGGCGACUUCUGAGUGGACCUUGGACUACCCUCCCUUCUUUGCAUGGUUUGAGUACGCACUUUCUCAUGUUGCAAAAUACUUUGACAAAGAGAUGCUGGUCAUCCAAAACCUCAACCAUGCCAGCCAGCCAACCGUUAUUUUCCAAAGGCUUUCGGUCGUCUUUACAGAUGUGCUCUUCAUCUAUGCAGUUCACGAGUGCUGUAGAUGUAUAAAUGGGAAGCAAGGUGUAAAGGAGCCUUUGGAGAGCCCUCAAUUCGUUCUUUCAGUUCUCCUUUUGUGGAACUUUGGCCUCUUAAUUGUGGACCACAUUCAUUUUCAGUACAAUGGUUUUCUGUUUGGAUUCAUGCUGCUCUCUGUUGCGCGGCUAUUCCAGAAAAGGCACUUGGAAGGAGCUUUCCUUUUUGCUGUCCUUUUGCACUUCAAGCAUAUCAACCUCUAUGUAGCUCCAGCGUAUGGCAUGUACCUCCUACGGUCCUACUGCUUCACAGCAAAUAAUUCAGAUGGGUCCCUCCAAUGGCGCAGUUUCAGUUUUCUUCGCUUAGCUGCCCUGGGAUUAAUUGUCUGCUGUGUUUCUGCCCUUUCGUUGGGACCAUUCAUUGUCUGGGGCCAGCUUCCUCAGCUCCUGUCUCGCCUCUUCCCUUUCAAAAGAGGCCUUUGCCAUGCAUACUGGGCUCCAAACUUCUGGGCACUAUACAAUGCCCUGGACAAAGCUCUCUCAGUCAUUGGUCUGAAAUACCAAUUCCUUGACCCUGCAAAGAUGCCUAAGGCUGCUAUGACUGGAGGGCUGGUCCAGGAAUUUCAACACACUAUCCUUCCUUCAGUGACGCCAUUAGCAACGUUAACUUGUACUGCCGUCUCUAUGCUGCCCUCUGUUUUCUGUCUUUGGUUUAAACCCCAAGGGCCGAGAGGCUUCCUGCGGUGCCUGGUUCUGUGCGCGCUGAGCUCCUUCAUGUUCGGGUGGCAUGUGCAUGAGAAAGCAAUCCUUCUUGCCAUUCUUCCUUUGAGCUUGCUGGCUGUAGAGAGAUCCAGAGAUGCUGGUGUCUAUCUGGUCCUGUCUACUACUGGCCAUCUUUCCCUCUUUCCUCUACUGUUUACAGUGCCAGAGCUGCCCAUUAAAAUACUGCUCAUGCUGCUCUUCACGGUGUAUAGCUUCUCCUCGCUGAAGGCCGUCUUCAGGAAAGAAGGUCCUCUGCUUAACUGGUUGGAAACAAUCUACCUCAUCGGGCUGAUACCUGUGGAAAUCGUCUGUGAAAUUGUGUUGCCUUUCACCAGCUGGAUACUCAAAUUUCCCUUCCUCCCUUUAUUGCUCACCUCUGUAUAUUGUGCUCUAGGUGUCAUGUAUGCUUGGCUCAAACUGUACGUCUCUGCCUUCACGGGACCACCUGCUGCCAGGCGAAAGGAAGAAUAAUGAUGUUUACAAUGGGCUUAAGUCCACAAGGUUCCUUCCAUAAAAAUAACCACCAACUCAUGCCAAAUGGUGCUUACUCUAGCACACAGAGUGCCAUGCACUGUUCAUUUAGGAGUGCACUCAGAAGCAAGAAUGUUGGCAAAUACAUCCUUAAAGAAGCAGGAGCAAUUCCCAGUGUGAAAAGAGAAGAAAGUCAAUGAGGAAAGGAGCCUGGUUUACAAAAGGACUCUUAAUUGGAGGGUUUUUUAAAAUAGAACUGGGCUCUUGGCUUUUUUUAUUUUUACCUUCAGUUUCAGUAAACCAAAUACUAGCUAUCUUUAAUGAUUCCAAUCUUGCUUGUAACCUGCAAGGAUACUUGUGUGUAUUACAGGACCACUGUUCUCCAGCCAAGAAAUUGGCUGCCAUCCUAAACCCACUUACCUAGGCAUAAGCCCCAUUGAGUUCAAUAGGACUUACUUCUGAGCUGAUGUCAUUAGGAUUGCAUUGUCAUUUACAAUCAAGUGGGGUGAAAAAUGUGAACUAAAAUGUUUGCUUUUAUAAAAAAAAAUAA